AUGAGUCAUGUAUUAGAGCCUCCGUCGGAUUUGAACUUGAUCGAGGAUAAAAUGACGAUAAAAGAUGUCAUUCGGGACAUCAUUCAGCUAGGUCCACAUGAGGAUCCGUUGCAUGUGUUAGACUUAGACGACGUAGUGUGCAAACAUUUCAAUUGGUGCAACCAGAUGCCGCGUGUUAAACCUUUCUAUGCUGUGAAGUGCAACGUUGAUUCUCGUAUUCUGCAGACGUUGAUAAUGCUAGGUACUGGCUUUGAUUGUGCGUCGAAAGGAGAGCUGGAACUCUUAAUAGGAUUCGGAGUGAGUCCAGAGAGAAUAAUUUUUGCGCAGCCAGCCAAGUCCAUUUCGUCGCUGUUGUACGCCCGCUCAAAACAAGUGUCGAUCAUCACGUUUGACGGGGCUAUUGAACUGGACAAAAUACAUCGAUAUUACCCAGAGGCACAUUUGGUGUUGAGAAUACGUCAUGAUUCUCUAAAAGUGCGUUGUUCACUGGGUAAGAAGUUUGGUUGUGAUCCCGUAUCGGAAGCUCCGGAGCUUCUGCAAUAUGCGGCCAAGUUACGAAUGAAUGUUAUCGGAAUCAGUUUCCACGUAGGAACGGGUUGUGAGGAACACGAAGUGUACCACGAAGCGGUGAAAGUAGCAAGAGAUUUGUUUGAUUACGCCAAGGGUAUCGGAUACACGUUUACGCUUCUGGAUAUUGGAGGUGGAUUUCCGGGAGACAACAAUAAACCGAUUGAUCGCUACGCCAAGGCCGUAAAUGAAGCAGUUGAUCAGUAUUUCCCGGCUGAAUCUAAAAUCAGUAUCAUAGCUGAACCGGGACGUUACUACGUGGCAUCGGCUGUUACGUUGGUUUCUUUCAUACACUCAAAGCGAGUGGUAAAGGAGUUGCAUUCAGAUCGUAAACAGAUUGCAAAAAUGUACUACUAUCUGAACGAUGGGCUCUUUGGGACGUUUAAUUACACAGUUCACGAAUGUCAGAAAGCGAUUCCAAUCGUAGUACGCCAUGGAGAUGUGAAAGAAUACACCUCUAUUUUAUGGGGACCGACAUGUCAAGGGAUGGAUAUGAUUGCUGAGGCUUGUCUUCCUGAGUUGCACAUCGGAGACAGCGUUGUAUUUGAAAACAUAGGAGCGUACACGAGAGUGCUGUCCUGUUCCUUUAACGGAUUUGCAGUUCCCAAGGUGCUGGCAUACUUACGGGAAGGAACCUUGUAA